AUGCUCCCUUCACGCGUCUGCCGGUCCGUCCAGCCUUCAGCCGCGCUGCGCUCGCGCGUCGCGCGCCAGUCGUACCUCAACAAGCUCGCUCGGCCACAAGACCUCGUCUCCCACUUCAAGAACGGCGACUACAUCGGCUGGAGCGGCUUCACCGGCGUCGGGUACCCGAAGGAGACGCCUGCCGCUCUGGCUGAACAUGUCGAGAAGAACAACCUGCAAGGCGACCUGCGCUUCUCGCUCUUUGUUGGCGCAUCUACCGGCCCCGAGAUCGAGGAGCGAUGGGCGCGCAACAAGAUGAUCUCGCGCCGGUUCCCGCACCAGGUCGGCAAGUCGAUCGCCAAGGCCAUCAACCACGGCGAGAUCGAGUUUGCCGACACGCACCUGAGCAUGUUUGCGCAAAACCUAACCUACGGAUUUUACUCCCUGGACAAGAAGGGCGGCGACAAGACCAAGCCGCUCGAUUGGGCCAUCGUCGAAGCGACCGAGAUCCUGAGCGACGGGUCCAUCGUUCCUGGAGCCUCGGUGGGCGCAACGCCCGAGAUUCUCGCGUCGGCCGACAAGAUCAUCAUCGAGGUCAACACGGCGCUGCCGAGCUUCAAAGGCCUGCACGACAUCAACCCGAUUGCCGCCCCGCCGUACCGCCUUCCGUUCCUCAUCACGCACUGCGCCGACCGCAUCGGCACGCCGAGCAUCCAGAUCGACCCUGAGCGCGUCGUCGCCAUCGUCGAGUCGAACAAGCCCGACAACACGGGCCAGAACGCGCCCGAGACCGAGGACUCGAAGAAGCUCGCCGGGCACCUCAUCCAGUUCCUCGAGGACGAGGUCGCCGCAGGGAGGAUGCCCAAGAACCUGCACCCGAUCCAGAGCGGCAUCGGCAACGUCGCCAACAGCAUCAUCACGGGCCUCGCCCAGAGCAAGUUCGAGCACCUGAAUGUCUGGACAGAAGUCCUCCAGGACGCCUUCAUCCCGCUCCUCGACACGGGCAAGCUCGACUUUGCGACGGCGACCUCGAUCCGCCUGUCGCCCGAGAUGUUCAAGACCUUCUACGAGAACUGGGACCGGUACUUCGACAAGCUCCUCUUGCGGCCGCAGCAGACGGCCAACAGCCCCGAGAUCAUCCGCCGCCUCGGCGUCAUCGCGCUCAACACGCCUCUCGAAAUCGAUAUUUUUUCGCACGCAAACAGCACGAAUGCGCUCGGCUCGCGCAUGCUGAACGGCCUCGGCGGGUCAGCCGACUUCCUCCGCAACGCCAAGCUCUCGGUCAUGCACACGCCCUCGGCCCGGCCGUCCAAGACGGACCCGACCGGCAUCUCGUGCAUCGUCCCGUUCGCGUCGCACAUCGACCAGACCGAGCACGACCUCGACGUGAUCGUGACCGAGCAGGGCCUCGCCGACCUGCGUGGCCUGUCGCCGAGGCAGCGUGCGCCGCUCAUCAUCUCCAAAUGCGCGCACCCGGAUUACAAGGACCAGCUCAUGGACUACUACGAGCGCGCGCUGCACGAGUGCCUCGCCAAGGGGAGCGCGCACAUGCCGCACAUGCUCCGCAACGCCUUCAAGAUGCACAUCAACUUUGAGGAGCACGGCACGAUGAAGCUCGACAAGUGGGACUGAGCGUGCGCGCCGCCUCGCAGCGUCGAAGCUUCCUCCUCGCCCUCUCUCUGUUUUUCUCUCUCUCUCGCAGUUAGAUCUUUCCCCCUCCCUUACACACUACAGCGUCUCUGGCUAGACUAUAACGAUAGAUCCGUUCCGUCCAUCCGU